AUGCUUACGCUCGUCAGGUUGCCUCUGUUCGUGCGUGAGCGUGUGCCGCACACACUCUCUUCUACCCUCACACACUUUGCUGUGCUCACAAUGUCUGUUGCUCUCAAUCUCUCUGCUAUCCUCACACUCGGCAAGGGAGGGCGAAAGAGCAACUGCCAGUGCAGCGUGAGUGAGAAGCUGGUCGGUGAGAGGCGUGGCUGGGAGGCUGGGGUGAGAGCAGCGGCGCACCCCCACGGGGGGAUGCGUGGGUUGCGAGGACUCAAGAGUGAGAAGCUGGUCACUGAGGGACGGGGCUGGGAGGCUGGGCUGAGAGCAGCGGCGCACCCCCACGGGGCGAUGCGUGCGCGGGAUUAUGGCCUCGCUGCUGCUGCUGCUGCUGCUGCUGCUGCUGCUGCUGCUGCUGCUGCUGCUGCUGCUGCUGCUGCUGCUGCUGCUGCUGCUGCUGCUGCUGCUGCUGCUGCUGCUGCUGCUGCUGCUGCUGCUGCUGCUGCUGCUGCUGCUGCUGCUGCAACAGCAUACUAG